UUAAAAAUCUUAUUUCUUUCUAUUUUAACAGCUUCGUCUAAUGGAAAACCGAAUACAGCGUUGCUUGCAUCACGGGGACGUCUGAUUAAUCACCUUCUUGCAACAUCCGACCCUCUUGUUAUACCUGCCACGGACGAAGCAGUCCAGGUGGAGAUAGAAUUCACGAUCCACAAUAUUGAACUGGACGAACAAGAAAGGAAGUUUACAAUCGACGGUUAUUUUUUACGAAAAUGGGACGAUGUUUCGUUACGUUGGAACGCCAGUGAUUAUAACAACAUACAGGAAAUCUGCAUUCCUAUCCAAAACCUUUGGUCACCUGAUGUAGUUCUUUUCAAUUAUCAAGGAUUGACAAACCCUUCGAUGUCUCACGAUGACGCGGUUGUGUAUAGCUCUGGGAACGUGUUGCACGUACCAAGAAUCUCUGACUCAGCUGUGUGUGCACUUGAUAUGUCCAAAUUCCCUUUUGACAUCCAGACAUGUAAACUUAUAUAUGGAUCCUGGGUGUACAGCAGUCUCCAACUUAAUAUAUCCUCAACUUCUCCUCCUGUUAUCUCGGAAAAUUACGAACUUAGCGAGAAGUGGGAAAUCGUCAGCACAAAGUCCAAAGUAGAGACAAGAUACUACCCCUGCUGUCCGGAGAGUUAUGUCACUUACAUCAUGACAUUCGUUCUGCGCCGGCACUUCGUGUACUCUUGUCAAGUACUGAUUUUCCCAGCUAUAAUAAUCGCGGCACUGAUUCCUUUUAUGUUCUUGUUACCUUCAGAAUCUAAAGAACGUAUAACUUUAGGAAUCGCACUCAUAGUGGUAUGUGUCAUGCAGAUUAACGUAAUCAACAACAGCUUACCGAAAGGCUAUUCGACGAUCCCGGUUAUUUUGACGUACCACGUGCUUACGUUGAUCUUGGUUGCGUUCUCACAUCCUCUCAAUCUCUCCCUCCAGAUAUUCCUGAAAGGAUUACGCAAGUUGGUUUGUCUUGGAGACGAUACUUACCAUCCGACUGACGAGCAAGAGACAAUGAGCAUGCGCGGAAAAGACGUCGUCGUUGGAGUAAAUGAUGAAAAACCUCCACAGACAUCCGGUGGAAAUAUGGACGAAAUCAACAAACACAUGCAAUCUUUGGCGCAGCGAGACAGCGUCUUGGAUGCUCGCCAAGAAGUCCUUGCCGAAUGGCAGCAGAUGGCGAUGGUCAUCGAUCGGAUCAUGUUUAUUUUGUUUUUGAUUAUUUUUGUCAUCUCUACAAUAAGUAUCUUUCCUGAUGCCUUCUAUUAG